UUUUUCAAACGAUUCAAAGAAGGUGGUAACAAUUUGGGGCUAUGGGCCUAUCCGAUUCCUUCAACCAACAUUUAUAAUGUUUGCAAGGAGAAAAGUGGAUUAUCAGUUUGGGAUGAAAAGGGGGUUUGGAGAUGUUUGUUUCCCAAGGCCAUAAUUCCCGAAACCGAGUUUGCGGUGUCUAAAGAGGACGUUUUGUCUAAUACUUAUGACAAUAACAAGUACAAGUUUUUUCAAGACUAUACAAAAUACUUGGAUUGGCGAUUGCAUAUGGCGGAAGUUGAUAAACAAGAAAGAGAAAAAAGAAGAUUGGAAGCUCAAACUAAAUUCAAAGAAUUUUACGGAUUGGAUAAAAAUUCAAAUUCUUCAAUCGAAAAAACUGAUAUAAAUAAGAUAAAUGAAUCGGGCAAAAAAGUAGUUGGAUCUUCAUCUUCAUUUUCUUCUACAACUAAAGAAGAUGGUUCUAUUGAAAACUUUACCAAAAUCGAGAAAUGGUUUGAAGAUGGUACAUCUGAAAUCAAAGAAACUAGAAAGGUUAUUCCCAAUGAUGGGUCCGAGCCACAAAUAUUUGAAAAUACAAAAAAACUACCAUCCAAAAAUUCACACUCUUGGUUUUGGAACUCG